AUGGAGAACACAGACGUCUUCCCCGGGCUGCAUGACUUUCUGGAGCGGAUGCGUAAACCCUCCGCCGGCGAUUUCGUCAAAUCAAUCAAAAGUUUCAUAGUUUCAUUCUCGAACAAUGCGCCAGACCCAGAAAAAGACUGUGACGCGGUUCAGGAGUUCUUUACCAAGAUGGAGGCUGCGUUCAAGGCUCAUCCACUUUGGUCCGGUUGUUCUGAGGAGGAGUUGGAUAGUGCCGGUGAUGGACUAGAGAAGUAUGUCAUGACAAAGCUAUUUACCAGGGUAUUUGCAUCAAACGCCGAGGACGUUAUCUCUGAUGAGAAACUCUUUCAGAAGAUGUCAUUGGUUCAACAGUUCAUUUCUCCUGAAAGCUUGGAUAUACAACCAACUUUUCAAAACGAAACAUCAUGGCUGUUAGCUCAAAAAGAGCUCCAGAAGAUUAAUAUGUACAAAGCUCCUCGUGAUAAGCUUAUGUGUAUCCUUAGCUGCUGCAAAGUGAUAAACAACUUACUGCUAAAUGCCUCAAUUGCUUCAAAGGAGAAUGCACCUGGAGCGGACGAAUUUCUUCCUGUUCUCAUAUAUGUUACCAUUAAGGCUAACCCUCCACAGUUUCACUCAAACUUGUUGUAUAUACAAAGAUAUAGGCGUCAAUCUAAACUGGUUGGUGAAGCUGCCUACUUCUUCACAAACUUACUCUCUGCAGAGUCUUUCAUCUCAAAUAUUGAUGCCAAAUCCCUUUCGAUGGAUGAAGCUGACUUUGAAAAGAAAAUGGAAUCUGCACGGGCGCGUCUUUCUGGACUGGGAAGCCAGUCUUAUCAGAUUGAUCACGGUGCUGCACCACCCUCUCGUGUUGAACCCAUUGCUCAUAACACUACUAAGAGGGAAAACACGAUUCUGCAAUCAAAAUCGUCUGAUAGUCUUUCUGGUGGGACCAAUGAACCACUGAAUCCAAACAGUGAAAUGCCGAUAAAGAAAGCUGAAUCCGUUUCGGAUUUGGAAAGUAAGGGUGCUGCGACACUUUUGAACGAUAGCAGCGAGGCAAGCAAAGUCUUUAAAGAAUAUCCUUACGUAUUUGCGAGUGCUGGUGAUUUAAGGAUAGGAGACGUUGAAGGCUUGCUAAAUAGUUAUAAAGAGCUCGUUUUCAAAUAUGUUUGCCUCUCCAAAGGCUUGGGUGAUGCAAAAUCUCUAGCUCCAUCCAGUUCACCCUUGCAGGCGUCUAAUAAUGAUUCUGAAGAUCAUACAACAUUGUCUUCAGAUCUUCAAACGAAAAGCGAAACGGACAGGAGUGUCGAUGAUUUGAUCCGAGCUCUACAAGGUGAGGGAGACAAUGUUCAUAAGCUCUCAGAUGUAAAACCUGGGGAAUUCGGUGAAACUUUUGUACAAGGAAGAGCUGAAGAACUUGAUCCCAAGGUUCAAGAAGAAGCAGAUACCGUAGACACUGAUUUGAAGAAGCAAAGUGCAGAGAAAGAGGGUGACAGUUCUAGUUCCAAACCGGCAGAGGAUGAUGAUGACGUUGAUUCCAAACAUCUAGUUUCAGAAGAUCAGAAUGACACUUCACGGUGA